AUGGUUGCUGACUUCGUCUCGGCAGACUAUGGAUGGCUGUGGGUUGGGGAAGAGGAAGCUCGCGUUCUGUUCAGGGCGGGCAAAGCACGAGACGGCUACUUCACGAAUGAUGACAUCCUCGCGCAUGCUGAGACUGCCAUGAACAUCCUCGACAAGCAUUUUCCUGACGAGGACCAUGUCUUCAUGUUUGAUAAUGCAACAACCCAUUUGAAGUGCGCUGGUGAUGCGCUCUCUGCACGUCCCCAAUCACCCUUGUUCGGCAUUGACAGGAAGGUCAUCGGGCCAGAUGGCAAGCCCGUUUAUGGUCCGGAUGGCAAGUUGCUGAAGCAAAGGGCUCGCAUGGCUGAUGGGAAGCUCGCGGAUGGAAAACCACAAUCCUUAUAUUUCCCGCCCGGUCACGAGAGGGAAGGGAUCUUCAAAGGAAUGGCAAUUAUACUCGAAGAACGCGGCUUCACUGAUGUACAGCAACUUCGCGCAGAGUGUCCGAAAUUUCAAUGUCCGAAGGAUGCUGAACGGUGCUGCUGUCGAAGACUCCUUUAUAAACAGCCGGACUUCGUGAACGUCGAGUCACUUCUCGAGACAACAUGCAAGGCUCGAGGUUACAGGGUACAUUUCCUUCCGAAGUUCCAUUGCGAACUUAACUUUAUUGAACAAUGCUGGGGACACGCGAAGCGAAUCUAUCGCCAGUACCCGCCCUCGUCGCAAGAUGCAGAUCUCGAGCGGAAUGUCAUUGCGGCCUUGAACGCUGUCCCGCUGGACACAAUGCGCAGAUUUGCUACUCGGGCAUCCCGGUUUAUGGAUGCUUAUCGCAGGGGACUCACCGGGAAACAGGCCUCGUGGGCGACGCGGAAGUAUCGCGGUCAUCGCAUCCUCCCGAACUCGAUUCUGGAUGAACUCGAGAAACCAUACUAUCAUUGA